CGGCCGGCGACAGGGGCGGGGGAGAGGGUGCUGUCUCCUCGGGGCUCCUGGGGAAUCUAAACAAAGACUGAGGCAGAGACCGCUCCCUCCCGCGGGAGCCCGACGCCACGCGGCAACCAGGGGACUGACGGCGCGGGCGGGGCCUCCCACCGCCCCCGGCGCACUCCGAGCAGCGGGGGACCCUUCCUCCGGGCGCCUGCAGGAGGGCUCCUGCUCCACGACGUAACCAUGGCCGGCCUGCAGGAGCUGCGAUUCCCCGAGGAGAAGCCACUGCUCCGGGGCCAGGACGCCGCUGAGCUGGAGAAUUCCGACACCUUCCUCUUGGCUGUGGAUGCAGAUUGGAAGUCGAGGCUGGUCGCCUCCCUCAGCAAGAUGCCGGAGUGCUGGGAUGGGGAGCACGACAUCGAGACGCCUUACGGCCUUCUGCACGUGGUGAUCCGGGGCUCCCCCAAGGGGAACCGCCCGGCCAUCGUCACCUACCAUGAUGUGGGUCUCAACCACAAGCUGUGCUUCAAUACCUUCUUCAACUUUGAGGACAUGCAGGAGAUCACCAAGCACUUCGUGGUGUGUCACGUGGAUGCCCCCGGUCAGCAGGUGGGGGCCUCGCAGUUUCCUCAGGGGUACCAGUUCCCCUCCAUGGAGCAGCUAGCCGCCAUGCUUCCCAGUGUGGUGCAGCACUUCGGGUUCAAGUACGUGAUUGGCAUUGGAGUGGGAGCCGGAGCCUACGUGCUGGCCAAGUUUGCACUCAUCUUCCCCGACCUGGUGGAGGGGCUGGUGCUGAUAAACAUCGACCCCAAUGGCAAAGGCUGGAUCGACUGGGCGGCCACCAAGCUCUCCAGCCUGACCAGCACUUUACCUGACACGGUGCUCUCCCACCUCUUCAGGCAGGAGGAGCUGGUGAGCAACACAGAGUUGGUGCAGAGCUACCGGCAGCAGAUCGGGAAUGUGGUGAACCAGGCCAACCUGCAGCUCUUCUGGAACAUGUACAACAGCCGCAGAGAUCUGGACAUUAACCGGCCUGGAACAGUGCCCAACGCCAAGACGCUGCGCUGCCCUGUGAUGCUGGUGGUCGGGGAUAACGCACCUGCCGAGGAGGGGGUGGUCGAGUGCAACUCCAAACUGGAUCCAACCACCACGACCUUCCUGAAGAUGGCAGAUUCCGGGGGGCUCCCCCAGGUCACACAGCCCGGGAAGCUGACUGAAGCCUUCAAAUACUUCCUGCAAGGCAUGGGCUACAUUGCAUACUUGAAGGACCGAAGGCUGAGUGGAGGAGCAGUGCCCUCGGCCAGCAUGACCCGUCUCGCCCGCUCUCGAACCUCGUCCCUCACCAGCGCCAGCUCGGUGGACGGCAGCCGCCCGCAGGCCUGCACCCACUCAGAGAGCAGUGAGGGGCUGGGCCAGGUCAACCACACCAUGGAGGUGUCCUGUUGAAGCCCUUGGUCCCACGAAGAUGCUCACCUGCCCCCCAACCUGCAUCGACGUCCCACUGCCAUCCUUGCGCAGCUCAUUUCCCCUUUAGUUUAUUUUUGCAAGGGCGAAGGGGAGGAAAUGGGGUUACUUUUCUUUUGUUUAAAAAGAUGAGGGGAUCCGUCCUAGAUGCUGCAGUGGAACAGUCUCCAGACGGUUUGAGGGGCUCACUCCUCCCCUACCCCACCCCCUCCCUCACCUCGUUAACUUGGCUGACUUAGACCCUCUCUUCCAGUUCCCCAAGGCCCAGGCACAGUCAGGGCAGGGUUCCAGGGAAGAAGGAGAUUAGCUAAGGAAAGACUUUGAGUCCAUCUCUGGCCAGGAUCCAGGAUAAUAUCCUGGAUUAAAGAAAGCAUGGGUUGACCCCCUCAGGCAGGCAGGUUUGAAGGUGCGAUGGGGUUUUGCGGUGGUAGGUGCUGGGACAGCAGGGACACAGGGUCCAGCUCAGGCACUGGCAUGAGAACCAGGAGACAGCAGCAGGGAGCACUCAGAGGCAGGAGCCCUGGAGCUCUGCAGGCCCCUUUCCCACCCCUGAGCCCCACCAUCAAGCACAUCUGUUUCUGACUUUAGCACCCAUGACAAUCAUCUGAACAGUAGCCACAAGGGGGCGCUUCUACCAGACAGCAGUUUUUCUGGUGCUCUCUGGGUGGGCCUGGUGCUGUAGGGCCAGGCAGGUAGGGGCUGAAAGGGGUUUCUCUGCCCAAGGAAGACAGAACACAGAGGACCUUGAGGGCAGGAACCCCACAGACUGUCCCUUCCAGCCCACAGUCUGCCACCUCCUGGCCCUGUCCCGUUUCUGAGCCAAGGCCCUGAGGCAGAAAGUCACCUGGUCCUCUGCCUCUAGGGAGCUGACUAGGGCUGAGGUUAAAGUCUGGGAUAGCCUUUGAGUGUUGGGUACGCUUCUGAGAACUUCGUGGUGACUGCCUUUGGAAGCCAGCAGGCAGUGUUGGCUCAGAGUUCCUAUAGAGUUCCCCCAGAGACCCCCUUUUCACCCCUAGGUUCCAUGGAGGACAACUUAAUCAGCAGCAGCAUGGCCAAGGCCACUAGAAACAUUUCUAGGGAGACUUCUAGUCAAGCUAUGCCAAUGUUUCACGUAGGCAUCACUGAGAGAGUUCAUUUGGAGAAAACUGGCCCAAAUUAGCAGGACUUGGCAGUCCCAAAUCACCAUCCUAGCCAGUUGGAGUAGGCUCAGGCUGGGGCUUGCUGGGUCCUGGGGUGGGAGGUGACGUUUCCUGAAGUGAACAAGGGCCAGGCAGAGGAGAAAGGCUCCCCCCACACACCCCAGCCCCUUCCAGCCAGCUGAAGCCCAGGGCUGUGCCAUAUACUUCCUGUUCAUCCACCUUACUGGGUAGAAUCUCCUGGCCCAGGAACCAGAAGCCAUUUGUCUCUGAGCCUAAAUCAGUUGCCACAAGCCCCCAAAUGAGUAAAAAAGAGAAGAGGAGAGAGCAAUGAAAAAUGCAGGGCUGUGGAGGGUAGGUGGGUGGGUGUGGGGCUGAGGGGACACCUGCAUCCACAUUUCCUCGGCACACAUCACCCCUUUCUGUCAUCUUAAGCCAUUAUAGAGCCCAGUGGAGUGUUAGUCUGUUAGUUCUAUUCACUCACGUGCUUCCUUUGAAUAUAGAACGUGACUGUUUGAAAAGCUGGUAGAAUUAAUCCCUCUUACUGUAGAUAGCGCUGUGAAUCUUGGAUUUUUUUUCCGUGUUCUUUCAGAUGAGAUCUAUAAAUAUCUAUACAUUAUAUAUAUAUAUGUAUAUUGGGUACUCCGGCGUGUGGCUUUCCAUCGGAGGUUGUGUCUUCUUUGGUCAAAGUGAACUAUUAAUGGAAUUUGUUAUUUUCUUCUCUGUACAAAGUGAAGAGCCUACUUUUGUGUAUUCUGGUGCCUGAUGUCAUGAGACUUUGAGAUGACAAAAUGUAAAACAAAAACCCUUGUCAACGUAGAAAGAGUUAACUGUGCUGAAAAACUAAUAAAGAAACUAAGAAGAAUUUGA